AUGGACUCCGUUUUGCGCCAGUCCAAGGCCAUGUGCCCCUUCAUGAAGAAGGCCACCGCCGCCGGCCUCCGCGCCAUGACGACGGCUGCCCGCCCGGCCGCCUCGCCGUGCGGUGGCACCAUCUCCAAGCUGCAGACCCUCGCCCGUCGCUGCCCCGUCAUGGGCAAGGCUAUGGCUGUCCAGUCGGCUCGCAUUGGUCAUGCCGGCAUUCCCGGUGUUGCUGGCCGGGCCAUGUCGACUGUCUCUGCCCACGGAAAGACGAGCAAGGCAAAGAUUCACACGAGCAGUGCUCAGGAGGCGCAGGCUGUCGAGGGCGCCAUUUUCAAUGGCCGCGAGAAGGUCCCGCUUCCUCCUAGAAUCCCAACCAAAGCGCAAGCCGCUGCCAACCCCUUGACUGCUACCCGCACCGCCGCGCCGGUGACGCACAAUGGCACCAAGUUCGAUUACGAGGGCUUCUACAACAAUGAGCUUGAGAAGAAGCACAAGGACAAGUCGUAUCGCUAUUUCAACAACAUCAACCGUCUCGCAAAGGAGUUUCCCCGCGCCCACAUGUCAACCAGGGAGGAAAAGGUUACUGUCUGGUGCGCCAACGACUACCUCGGCAUGGGCCGCAACCCCCACGUUUUGAAGGCGAUGCACGAGACCUUGGACGAGUACGGUGCUGGCGCCGGUGGUACGAGAAAUAUUUCCGGACACAACAGGCACGCGGUGGAAUUGGAGGCAACGAUCGCCAAGCUGCACGCUCAGGAAGCAGCGCUGGUCUUCAGCUCGUGCUACGUGGCCAACGAUGCCACGCUCGCGACGCUGGGGAGCAAGAUGCCAGACUGUGUCAUCUUGUCAGACAGCCUGAACCACGCCUCGAUGAUCCAGGGUAUCCGUCACUCUGGGACCAAGAAGGUCAUCUUUAAGCACAACGACGUAAAGGAUCUGGAGGAGAAGCUCGCGGCGCUGCCGCUGCACGUCCCCAAGAUCAUCGCCUUUGAGUCCGUCUACAGCAUGUGCGGAUCCAUUGGCCCCAUUGAGGAGAUUUGCGACCUGGCUGAGAAGUACGGCGCCAUUACUUUCCUCGACGAGGUGCACGCGGUGGGCAUGUACGGGCCACACGGCGCUGGUGUAGCGGAGCACCUCGACUUUGAGGCGCACGCGCAGGGCAAGCCUCGCGGCACCAUUAUGGAGCGUAUUGACAUCAUCACCGGUACUCUGGGUAAGGCUUACGGCUGCGUUGGCGGGUACAUCGCCGGCAGCGCCAAGCUGGUCGACACAGUGCGCUCUCUUGCGCCCGGGUUCAUCUUUACCACCUCUUUGCCACCUGCUGUCAUGGCUGGUGCUCGGGCGGCGAUUGAGUAUCAGAUGAACUACAACGGCGACCGCCGUUUGCAACAACUACACACCCGGGCUGUCAAGGAGGCCCUCGGGGAGAGGGACAUCCCUGUGAUUCCCAACCCGAGCCACAUCAUCCCCAUCCUGGUCGGCAACGCCGAGCUGGCCAAGCAGGCGAGUGACAAGCUCCUGCAGGACCACCAGAUUUACGUCCAGAGCAUCAACUACCCCACCGUUCCUGUCGGUCAGGAGCGUCUGCGGAUUACGCCCACCCCCGGCCACACCAAGGAGUACCGCGACCACCUCGUCGGGGCCAUCCAGACGAUCUGGGAGGAGCUCGGCAUCAAGCGGACGAGCGAGUGGGCUGCCGAGGGGGGGUUCAUCGGGGUUGGGGAGCCGAACGCGGCGGCCGAGGAGCCGCUGUGGACGGACGAGCAGCUUGGUAUUGCCGAGGCGGCGAGGACGAUUGAGCAGGAGGCCAAGGCGACGACGACUCGGGGUGGGCUGACGGAGCGGUUGCUGGAAAGGGAGAUGGAGGGGUUGCAGACGGCGAGCGCAGCUGCUUAA